GGAAGAUGACAAAGCGCGUAUAGUUCGUGAUUAUGGAGUAUGACUCUGCAUCGAGUUGCGAAGGUCGUCUGAGAGAUUUUGAAGUUUCAGAAGAUCUGCCGCGUUUAGGAGGAACGCAAAAACCUGAACGUUCAGCUUGUAAUACAAAUACCACGCCAUGGCAUUCUUUACAAGUUCUGGCACCGCAGUCAAAGCUGAAACUGGGGACAACAAACAGAAGCCUUUCCUCUCAGGUGAUGGAGUAUUACCACAAAUAUUCUCAAAGUGCAAAUUUAGAUCAGUAUUUUUCAUUGCCUACAACCAGCGCAACGCCAGAAGCAAUUAAAUAUUAUUAUAGUAUAUACGAAGUAAAUCCUAAAUUAGGAGAUCAUAGGCAAGACUGUAUCGGCGAGGAAUAUAAUUUAAGAUCUUGCGUGCCUAGAGAGAGAAGAAGAUGGGUAAGACCACCUCUUAUCGGUCAGUCUUCAAACACAGAAUCAACAUCCAGGUACGUUCAGCCAUUGUCCAAUCCUGAGUCUCCAUCACCCGAUUUAAAACGUGUUACACCGGAAACAAUUUUAGAAGAGAAACAUGAAAGUCCAGAGAUACUAACCGAAGUGACAGAAAGAAAAAUAUCUUCUCCAACUUCUAGUAUUGCUUCCCACAAGCCGCUCGAAUGGGAUAGCGGCGCAGACGUCGGAUACUUCAACAUAUUACCUAGUAAUAAACAGAGCGACAAGAAAUUAAGUACAAUCGAACGUAUGGCUUUAGCGAGAGGUUGUUCCGCCGCUUUAAGACUCGAUCCUGAAGGUACUACAGAAUCGGGGAUAUCUGGAAAACUUGCAGGAGGUCAGAAAAGCACUAAAGCUUCCAUGACUCCUGACGCCAAUUCUACUCCUUUGUUGGGGAACGCUUCAGGAUCGGAGAGCGAGAUCGAAAUCACUCCCAUCGUGAAGAAUCACUUGCCAGGUAUAAUAACAGGAAGCGGUAUAAAGUCAACUGAAAGAUCUCUACCUAAAGAUCUCAAGCAGCAAGAUGUUUUCAUGCAACACUCAAAAAGGGAGCAACAUAUCCAUGACACGCCCAAGUCGACGUUUACGUUUAAAUUACCUUUCGCGAAACAUUCGACCGAGGUGAGAAAAGUAACGAACAAACAAAACGUGAGCAAAGAGAACGUAUGUCCACCAGCGUUGCCUUUGAAAAAGAGUACAUCGAUGAACACGUUAGUUAUAUCAUCUUCAAAAUCAACCCUGAAAAGGAGUCAAAGCGAGUUAAACUUGUACGCUAGAGAUAAGAAUAGAGCUACGUUGCCGUUAAUGUUCAACUCUUCCUCUUCGAUCUCCACUAUUGUAAAUAAACCUUCCACUUGUGAUAAAGUUAUACAAACCAGCCUGAACAUCUACACUCAAGAAUCCGUUGGUGUUCAAGUUUCGGUUCUCGAUGAAGAGAAGCCACCAUUGCCAAAGAGAGGAACUAGUUUGCAAAAAAGUUUCAUCACAAUUCUAAAGGACGUACCAAACGGUACGUAUAAGGUUCCAAAUUCAAGGAAACAGGAAGCCGCAACUGAAACGCGAGAGGCUGUAACGGGCCAGCAACGAUGUCGCGACGAAACCAAACAGCGAUCGACGCGUUCGGAAGUAUCGAGAAAUGGAUCUGCAACGCAAACACCUCAACCUGAUGAUACGGAAAAUAUAACGGGAAGGGCGAACAGUUUUGAAUAUUUUCCUGGUCACGUUUACGAGAACGUACCAAAUGGAAGCGGUAGCCACGUCUCUUCGUCGGAGACCGGAAGAUCGCACUCUACUCUACCUAAUACAAGCUCCAGUAUUAACGAGAAACUGUGGGGAGAUUCGGACAGCUUGGUGAGAGAUCUGGAACGUAGCGUCAACAUCCUGAAAAGUCUCGUCGACGCGAACAAGUGCGACAAGGAGGUGAAGAAAAGACUGAUACAUCACGUGGUGAAAAGACUUAUAACAGCCAAAUAUACGGACGACAAGAUCGAGCACAAUUUAGAGGACAAUGUCCCGUGGAACCCGGACGACGCCAGACAGAAAGUUUACGGGGCAGAGAUAUUUCAAGCUUUAACAAAGAAACACAACACCAGCGAUUCAUCGGCCGAUUGGAAUCCACAGAAAGGGAUGACGAGGGAUAAGUCUACGAGAACCGGGAGGGGGAUCGCGAAAGAUGUUACCUUGGACAGCAGCAGCGACAAGAUGGACAAAAACACGGAUAGAACGGAGACUGAUGGUCGAAAGGCGAGGAUGGGUCUCAGACUGGACGACUGUCAUCGAAGUAGCAACACCACAACCGAUCCGGAGAAAAGCGAGAGUUCCGACUGUUUCUUCCCACAAAGAGGUCGCAAGGGUAACAAGGUACAGGACAUAUUCUGCGUGAAGGAGAGGUGCAAAUUAUCGCAGGGAGACUCGUCGACGACGAACACCACACCGCCCGAUCACAAUAGAAUGUUACUGGACGCGGUUGUUAACAACAGAAAAGCAAGCGUUCGCUCGAGCAACAACACGGACGAACAGGUGGACUGGAGACUGCUCACUACCUUCUCCGAGAGGCAAUUCGAACUGAAAAAAUGCAGUAAUUCUGAUUCUGGGGACUCAAAGUUAGUCAGCUACGCGGAGAUGGAGAAGAGGAAUCAAUUGAUUUGGAUUACAAACGAGAUCAGCCAUCUAUGCAAUCUGAAGAAACUUUUGGAGGAACCGCGAAGACUGGACAGACCCCGGGCAUCCCCGAAGAAAUCUAGGUCCGCAAACUUCAGGACCAAGCCCGUAGAGUCUCUGCCUCACAUGCACGAACUGUCCAAAACGAACGAUUACUCGCAGAGAAACGGAUCGGACGCCCGAGCUAAUUUUGUCGAAGAACCCUGGUCGUCCCAUUGCAAUCUCGCGGCGUGUCAGCCUUCCAGCAGGUCAAACAGCGUCAUCCAACGCGUUAAGAAACGAAACAGUUGCGCGCAAACGGCGACCAAUGUAACGGGCGCGCAUUCGAAGACUGGUGGUGAGAUCGUGUCCGCCUCGAGCAUACACAACUCCACGACGAAGCUGAUAAGCACCGGGGUGCAAACCGUUCCCCAGGAAUCCUCCUCCACGGUCCCCACCUUGAUACAGUCGGAAAUCGUGCAUUACAUCAAGUGCCCCGCGCACGAUGCGAUGCAUUUCCAGAAUAGCUGCAAAUACACCGAGCAGCCCAAUCAGUGUAUGAAGCAUCAAGCUAUUCAGAACGUGCUCACUACUUGCGUGCAUUGUUUGCAGGAACAAAAGGAUCAGUCGAAUAGGAUUCAAAAGGUGUACCCUCCGGCGAACUUACAGGAAGAGGGUCCUCCUGUUGCCUCUCAAACAUCCUCCGAUCAGACGAACAGUACGGGUUCGUCGGAUAUGAUUACGCAGCACUGCGCGGAUAAAGAGGUUCAAACGAACUCUUCGAAACAGAAGGAGGCGAAAAAUCAAAUAAACGCGUCGAGAUCGAAGUCCUGCGAUUGCAGAUGCGAAAGUAAGAAGCAUUUGUCUAAGGAAUGUCGAUCGUGUUCCACGCAAAUGGCGAUCGAGACUAACAACGUAAGCUCAAAAUGCGAGGAUUGCCAGAAAAAGGUAUCCUGCGUUCACGAAAGGGAAGAGUUGAACUCGAAAGAGUGCAGCUGCACCGCUGCUUGCGAAUGCGAGAACAGUUUGUCCAAGAAGGGAUGGACAGCGAUGAGAUCUGGUACAAAGUAUUAUCAGGAUAGCAACGGCUACGUUUCGAGCUUUAAUCAAAAUAAUCGUACAAAAUUAUGCGAAUGCCAUUGUGGACAUUGGACGGAAACGGAGGAUCGUCCGAUUCAGACGCGACCUUAUCGGGCGACCAACGGUGAAUCUUCUCAAUAUAAAGUACAAAAAAACAGCCUGAAAUGCAAUUGCGAGAAGGAUUGUCUUUGUAACGUUAGAGGGAAAAGCGAGGACGCGUCGCAUGGUAGGAUCUGUAACAACGGCAGGUCAAAUUAUGCGGACGAAGGAAAUAAUCAGAAUAGUGAUUCUGAUCGAAAUUAUAAGCAAUGUUGUCGUUGCGGGGCCGCUUAUCAAACCGUGAAAAAAUGUAAUUGUAAUCAAACUUAUCCGAAAGCGGUAGCGUACGAGUUAUCGUUUUCUAAAGAUAACGACCGGAAAAACGAUAAUUUGGCGUCGUUGCAAAAAGUGCCAUUACCGAAUCGUACCGUUAACGGGGCUAAAAUCGAUGGCUGUGUCUGUAAUAUGAUUAAAAAGAAUGGCUCGAGUAAGAAUUCGACGCGGAAGGAUACUUUGCAGGAUUACUUGUCCAAGAAUAAAGCGGACUUCGUGAGCAAUGCAGAGACACGGAGACAAUACAUGUCGGAGAUAUCCCACCUGCGACAGCUGCGCAAGGAGAAACGAAUACAAUUGUUGGCUAUGGCUAGUACGUCGAACGUGGUAAAACCAUUGAAAGCUUGUUCUAAACCAACAGUUUGUACUCAGAGGAAGAUGAACGAUGAAGAAAUGAGGGAAAGACUGCGGAAGAGAUAUCUUCGUUUGAACGAAGUACGACAGAAGAAGCGACAACAAGAGAAGCAAGAGGAAGCACGACGUAACAAGCUGAUGGCCAAAAUCUUUUGUAAAAAGUUGCAGCAGAAAGUACUGAGGGGCCAAGUAGAUCUAUCGCAAAGCGUUAGCGUUAUCUCAAACAUAUAAUGUUAAGACGGAUGAUAGAGAUAAUAGAGAAGCGUACAAAGUAUUUCACCUUUUAACUCGACAGGGAUCAUUAAAUUGAAAGAUCUUGUUAUGAAUCUCACUUUUCUUUACGUUAUUGCAUAAUAUAUAUAUACAUAUCGUAUUCGUGUUUAUGUUUUAAUUUAAGACGCGUUUGAAAAAUUAUUGCUACGUUCGUUGUUGCUCGUGUGUAACACGGAUCGAGACUUAAACGAUCGAAGAAUAUUAAUUUGUUAUAUAUAACUAAGAAUUAUAGUAUUAUAGCGUGUUGAUCCUAUAGAUUCGUGCCUAAUGUUCACGGCAUUUGUAUCGAACUUAAAGAAAUUUUGUCUUGCCAAGAUAUUUUCAUAUAUUAAUGAUAUACUUAGACCACGACGCACGUUGCAUGAGAUCUGAUAUAGUGUUACAACAAUAAUAACUUUUAUUUUCGUGGAAGAAACGAUCAGUGAUUUCACGGUGUUCGAGGUUUCGCAUUUUACCGGUAAAAUGUUGUUGAAAGGAAAACCUUCGAGCGUCGUGGAAGCGUUCGUAGAAAACUGAAAUGCUUUAAGACGAUGAAAGUAGUUAUUAGUACCUGAAUCACAGUACACAACCCUUUGUUAAUCGUAAGACUUAGAUGAUAUAUAUAUAGUCUCUUGGAUUUUUCUAAUAUUUUACCUUUUUGUAUGACGAUUAUACUCAUUUGGUUAAUAAAAAUAUAACGUACA